ACGGCUACGAGAAAUCUCUCUCUCUCUCUCUCUGACUCUGUCUCUCUCGCCGCGAUCGACCCAAACCCUAACGCGAACGAGCGGAUCGGCCGAUCGGGAUGAUGGAGGCGCCGUCGUCGCUGGAGCAGCGGGUGCCGGCGGAGGAGCGGCACUGGAUCGAGCGGGUGGCGCGGUUCGUGGCGCGGGACCGGGACGGGGACCUGGCGGAGGCGCUGCUGCUGCGGCUGCUGAGGAUCACGCGCAACGGCCGGCGCUGGGGGUUCCUGGCCAACGACCACCCGCUGCACCCCUACUACCUCCAGCAGAAGGUCUCCGAGCAGUGCCGCAUCCUCCGCCCCCGCCACGCCGCCGACCGCUGACCGCCCCCCCUCCGCCGCGCGGCUGCAUGCAUGCAUGCAUCUUGCCGCCUCUGCUCUGUUGUUAAUUUUCCUUUUUCUUUUUCGUCGUCACAUCACAUUUUUUUUUGUAGGAUUGUAGUAGUAUGUGAUUAAUUAAUGACGUGCCGUCGUUGUGAGAUCGGCUGAGGAUUCAAAGGAGGCAGCCGCUGGUUCUAAUAAGAAAUAACACUGUAUUAGGCCAGAUGGUUUCUUUUUGGAUAAGAUUGAUGAUUGAUUAUGUGCUUAA